UUUGCCUGUCUCCUCGCUCGUGGGGCAGCCAGCCGGGAGCAGCGGGCAGCCAGGCAGCCGGCCCCUCCGCCCCGGCCAGGGGGACGCAGUCAGUAAACACCACCACAACAAAAAGUGAGAGCCACCCAAGGGGCAGCCAAAGCAGGAGGAGAGAAAGACGAGGAGGAAAAAAAAAGGCAAAAAAAAAGGGGGAACAAGGAGAAAAAAUAACAAAAGAAAAAAAGGAAAAAGAAAAGGAAAAAAAAAAGAAAAGAAAAAAAAGGAAAAAAUAGGAGAAGGAAGGAAAGCGCUCGCUUGCUCUCUAGAAUAACAAAAUACCUAAUCGUAACAAAAUAACAUCCUCCAGACAAAUUCAAGCAGGGACUUGACAUACCAAAAAGGCAAAGCGAGGAGAGCAAGCCAGGGCGCGGGGAAGGCGAGCCAAAGCCGCGAUCGCUGCCAGGGCCGGACAGCAGCAUGGCAAGCGCCGGGGCACACACGGAUGAGCGCUGCCGGCAGCCUGCCUUCCUCCCCGGCCCGCCGCCGCCAGAAGUUGAGAGUAGCAGCGGCAGCGCCAAGGUGCAGAGGAUGUGCGCGGCCCGGCGGCUGCUGCUGCUGCUGCUGGCCUUCCUGGCCUACGCGUUGGAUUCGGCCGCGGCGUACGGCACAGCGGAGACCCUCUGUGGCGGGGAGCUGGUGGACACGCUGCAGUUUGUCUGCGGGGACAGGGGCUUCUACUUCAGUAGGCCAGUGGGACGAAAUAACAGGAGGAUCAACCGCGGCAUUGUGGAGGAGUGCUGCUUUCGGAGCUGCGACCUGGCUCUGCUGGAAACCUACUGCGCCAAGUCCGUCAAGUCUGAGCGUGACCUCUCCGCCACCUCCCUCAUGGGCCUCCCAGCACUCAACAAGGAGAGCCUCCAGAAGCCCUCGCAUGCCAAGUACUCCAAGUACGACGUGUGGCAGAAGAAGAGCUCCCAGCGGCUGCAGCGGGAGGUGCCCGGCAUCCUACGUGCUCGCCGGUACCGGUGGCAGGCCGAGGGGCUGCAAGCAGCCGAGGAAGCCAGGGCGCUGCAUCGCCCCCUCAUCUCCUUGCCCAGCCAGCGGCCCCCGGCGCCGCGAGCAUCCCCCGAAGCCACCGGCCCCCAGGAAUGAACCAUGACCGGCCGGCUCCAUUUGUGAUCUCCCGGGGAGAGACUGGCGAGACCCGGCCCCCCCCGAGCCCCUCCGUCCCCGAGCCGAGGAGCGGGGCGGUGGGGCGCCAUCACGCCGCUCCGGCCCCAACCAAACAACUGACACAAGCAAGGAGGGGAUGGCGGCGGCGGCGGCGCGCGGCGUCCUCCUUUCGGGGUGGGGGGGAGGGUUGUUUCGUUUCCCAGGCCUGUCUCGUUUCCCCCACGCACCCAGUAUUUUUCAAGCCUUGUACUUGCAAAGGGACAGUUGGGCACUUGAACUUUUUUUUGCUGCCGGGCGCUGCGUGACAUCCCCGGUGCCAACACCAGAAGACAAAAGAAAGAGCAAGAGGGAAAAAGGAUAUGAAGUUAACUUUUUUUUUUUUUUUUCUCGAGAAGAGGAGUCCAUUCCGUGUCUUUCUUGACAAUAAAGUGAAAAACAGAAACAAAUGGGGAGAAAUGUUGAGGGAUGUAACUUUUUUGCCUCAUUCCCACCCCACUUUUUUUUUUCCUUUUAUUUUGUUUUUGUUGGUAACUUUUCUUAAUUUUUAUAACUUUCUUUUGCACCUUUAAAAAGAAAACGUAACUGAGACGAAGUUCCGAGGAGACCCAUCUGCAUUUUUUGUGUGUGCUUAAUUACAAGAUUCCAAAUCGACUUGCACCUUUUUGAAAUCAUCGCUGACGGGAGAAAGAGAGGAAGAGGAGAGAGAGAGAGAGAGAGAGAAAGAGAGAGAGAAGAAAAAGGAAAGGGGAGAAAGAAAAAAAAAAAAGAAAAAAGUGAGCUGAUGCUCACUUUAAAUGGAGGAGGCGUCUGCAUUGCACAUUUGCCACGGAUUUAGUUGAUUUAUAUAUAUAAUAUAUUAUAUAACUUUUUUGGCAAAAAAAGCACUAUUUUUAUGGGACAUUUUGUGUAGUAUCUGAAGAGGGAUUGUAAUGUUUAAAAUGUGUUAUGGUGCUAAAGUAAGUUGGAAGGGAAAAAACCCAGAAAUAGAAAGGGAGGGUGGGGAGGGAAGGACAAGAUAGCGAAUACUGAACUUGAAAUUUUAGCUUUUCGUUUUAGGAAAAGUGUGAUAAAUGUGUUUCUUUUCUCUUCUGAAAUAUAGCUUGGUCAUGACCAUAUGAGCUAGUUGGCUGUCACUCAUGUACACAGAUGCACGCACACACAGAAAUACAUCUACACGCAUCCUUUACUUUUUUUUGUAGAAAAAACAAAACAAAACAAAACACAACACAACGAUUUAGUCUAAAAGGGAACUGUUCUAGAGACAAACUGCUUUGAAUGGUGAAGGUAUUGCCAGGUUACAACUCCAGGCCCUGCUUCUGCGUGGAGCUCGGCUCCUCCAUCCUCCUGACCCUGGCAGCUUGCUUGCGCGAGCCGAGGCCCUGCCGAAGCGCCAGCCCCACCAUCUCCUUUUCCUCCUCUUGCCCUUCACGUCCUUCUCGCAGAACCCCCUUGCCCUCCUCCCCUUGCCCCAACGAGCUGGGGCCGUGGAGGAUGGCAGCCGGGACUGAUGGGGACCCCCCCAACAUGGGGCAGCCUCCCCCCCGGCACAGUGGCCUCCGUCAGCACGGUGGCCUCCACCCGCCGGGUGGCUGGGAUGGGUUGACGGGAGGGAGGAGAGGCAACUCUCUGGCUUUGAGGCUCAGGACUUGACGAGCAGAUGGGUUGGAGAGGUGGGCAGAGGGCUGUAAAAUAGGUUGGUUUUUAAAAUAUAUAUUAUCUGUCUAGGAACCGUAAAGAGGGGGGAAUCAAUUACAUCUCCCUGUGAUAUACUCUCACUUGCUAAUAAAAUGGGGACACUCUGUUAACCAGUUCUGUACUUGCUUUGUCUUAUAUAUCCAUACAUUUAAAACAUAAAAAAAAAGACUACUUGAAUUGUAUUCUAUCUCGUGGUUUUGAGGGGAGGGCUAGGGGGAGUCUCGAGAGGGGGAGGAUUUUAAUGUAUAAUCCUUUUGUUUGUUAUUACCUUGCAAUGUUGAGCCAUGAAGCCUUUGUUUAAAAAAAUGGCACUGCAAUACACGACAAAGAAAA